AUUUUUUUUCAUCAGCAGUCAUAUCAUUCUCACAUUCAUUCAUUAACACCCUUCGAUUACGACGGUCUUCAUUCUUUUGUCCGUCGUUCUAUUUACUUGCCAGUCAUUCCUCUAUCGGCAUUAUCUUCUAAUAGUCUAUAAUUUCACCAUGUUUCGAAGCCGAAACUUAAUUGCUUUAGCAGUGAUUGCUCUAUCCGGAUCAUCCUUAGGUAAACCGGUUGCAAGCGGAUCAUGGGUUGGAGAGACUUGCAUUUGUCCACCUUCCGAUUGUCCCCCAGUUGUCACUUCCUAUACUACCAUCACAGAUACCCCAAUCCAAACUGUUACAAUCACCAAAACUAUCAGUGGUGAGGUGAUCCCGCCAGCGAAUAUUACUCCCAACCCUAGUGCUGCUCCUCUAGGCGUCUCAUCUUCGCCAAUUGGCGUCCCUGCUCCCUCUGCCAUUAUCGCAAACGAGACCAUCAUCAAGACGACUACCAUCUCAGGCACUGAGGUCGUUGUCACCAGUACUAUCACACCCAGUCAAACUCUAAGUAAAAGUAAUAUACCUUGCGAAACAAUCACUCAAACAAUCUCAACCUCGGGAACUGUCAUUGUCAUAACCACCACUAUCACACCUAGUCAGCCUCCUGUUCAAACUGCCGCAUCAAUAGUUGGAACUCCAAUAAUUACCACUGGUAUGUACUCUUUCUGAUAUUUGGAGUCUAUCAUGUUCUAACCAAUCGAUUUAGUACCGGGAUCUACUAUCAUAACCACCAUUCCUGACUCGAUCAUCACCUCAACUAUUUCUGGACCGGUCAUUCUUAUCACAAAGACUAUCCCUCCAAGUACUGAAGUCACUUUAGUUCCAUGUGACUCGACAAUUACAGUAACUCAGCCUGGAACGGUUGUAAGAACAACUCGUCCUGUGUCUAUGAUAACUCUGACGGAAUCUGGAAUUAUUAUAACUUCCACAUAUCCACCAUCGACUUUAUAUGUGACAUACACUUCAAACAUCUAUACUACUGUUAUAACAGCCACCGCGAUCACAAAUACUAUCUCAGCAAGCACAGUAACGAUAACUCAAAGUGGUGAAAUUGUUCAAACUACCAUUCCAGGAUCUACAUUCAUCAUUACAGUCCCAGCAUCCGUUGUAACAUCAAUUGCUACACCACAACUCAUAAGUGCCGCUCCGAUCCCCAUAACAACCGACUCAAUAAUUUCAGACCCUGGAUUUACACCUACCCCCAAACCUCCAUGCAAACAUUGUACAGGUGUCCUCACUACUCCUGAACCUUCGAUAUCUCCCUCAGAUGGAAUCUGUCCCACACCAAGCCUAGUCUUCUCUACCAUCACCACUACAAAAACUUUCAUCCAAACUUUGACAACGACAAAUACUAUUUCCAUCUCGCUGCCGGCUGCUUAUCCUUCCAGUUCUCAAAGUCCUUCCAAUGGUACUUUGUCAACUCCUUAUCCUGGAUCAUCAAUGUCGAAAUCGAGCACUAUUCCACCAGUUUCUGUUCUGUCCGCUUCCUCUACUGCCAUUCUAUCAUCCCCUACCGUUCUCUCUUUAUCGAUUACUCCCUCUUCCUCGCAAAUUACCAGCGCUUUACCUUUUUCCUCCAGGGCUGCACUAUGAGGAAUGGUAUAUUCAUCGACUAAAUGUUCAACCAGACGUAGCACGAGGAAAACUAUCCAAAGGGGAUAACGAUAUCUCAACAAUGCAAUAUGCAGUCUCGAACUAAUUUUCCUUGCCUCCUUCUUUAUUAUCUUAUAAUGUUGUAUUCCUUUUAUCUUAUUUCAGUGUGG